AUGUCGUCUUCACACGGGAGAAGCAUCGGCCAAUACUACCUCACCAGGGACUCCUUCGGUAAUGAACCCUUGUGGUUAGACGAGAUGCAGGAAUACAUGGAAGUCGAUAACGCCACGGAUACGAAUACGUGGGAAACCCUCUUUAUCAGAUGGGGCGCCCGCACUGUCACGUCGUAUAGCGUAUCCCUACCCAACUUCGCCUACGUUGUCCAUUCGGUCGCUAUGAGUAAUAUGCCACGGCCGAGAAUGAAACAUAGAGACGUAAUAGUCGACAACUAUAGGGCUGCAGGAGGGAACUUGGCUACUUUUCAACGGAUCGGCGUCAGCUUUAUUAAUAAUACAUCAGCCUACGAUUGUAUCGAGGCCGCGUUCGCUGCGAGAGGACUACAAUUCCCAGAUAUGGGCAGUAUGGUGAUCAAUUUGCCCCUAUACGGCCCAUCAGGAGUACUAAGACGUAGCAGCGAGCCAAACAGUACCGGCUGGUCUAAACUCUUCAACGGAAACCCGUUCCUCGAGGGCCAACAGAAGAUGCUUAGGGAAUACAGCAGAGAAUUCAACAACGCGCGGAUCAAAAAGGUAACGAUUGCCGCACACGAGAAAUUCGGCAUGAUCGACAUGAACCUCCUACUCAUGGUAACGCACCUAACACGCGAUGGGGGGGUUAUACAGGCAGCCCCGCAAGAGGAGCCUUUACCAGAGACUCAGGAAAAGGUUCAAGCUUGGGAUUGGGAUAUAGGUAAUUUCUAA